ACUAAAAUUUUGCAUCAUUUUAAAAAGCAUUACAUAUUUCAAACAAAAAAUAAGAGUAACAAAAUAAAUACCCUGUUAAACUACCCCUUGGAAUGAACAAAUGUUAACAUUUUGCCUAAUUUGCUUUAGUCUUUUUCUUUUCAAUGAAAUAAAAUAUCGCAUAUGUUUGAAAGUGCUCUUGGCAUAGUCACAUAUUGUCUCUGCCUUUUAAGAAAAUGUUACAUAGAAGACAUCUUAUUAUCUGUAACUUGCUUUCUCUUUUACUCAACAGUAUAUUUUCAGAGCUUUUCUACAUUGCUAAAUGUAGAUCUUGUUUUUAAAUUUUAGCUGGUAUACAGCUUGUUUCAUUGUAUCAGUAUGAUACAACUUAUUUACCCAGGCUUUUUGUUUUACAGAAAUUUAAAUUUUAAUAUAGUUUUAUCAUUUUUCCUUUUUUGAUUUGUAAAUUAUCUUAAGAAAUCUCUUCUUACCCAAAGUCUGAAACAUUUUCUAUUUUCUUCUAAAACAAAGGUUUGUUGUUCACAUGUAGGUGUUCAGUCUAGCUGGCAUUUGUUUUUGUGUUUGGCAUGGAGUAGAGAUAUAUGUUUAUAUUUUACAGUGUCAAUAGCAUAUUAUCCUGGCAUAGUGAAUAUUGAAUAGCAAAUUCUUUCUCCAUGUAAAUGCCCUCUUUUUUAUAUAGCAAAUUCCCACAUAUGUAAGUAGUUAUUUACUCUCUUUUUUAUCAAUCCCUUUGUCUCAUCUCAGGCCUAUACCACUAUUUUAAUGACUAAAGUGCUGUAAUAAAUCUUAAUAACUAGAAGAACAGCCCCAUAUUUUUGUUCUUUUUCACAGUGCCCUUACACAUUUUUAUUUGCUGUUAUUCCUAUCAUUCAUGUAGUUUCCGAUGCUAUUGUGCAAAUGUAUGUUUUGAAAUUACAUUUUCUAGAUAGGUUAUCUAGAUCAGGGAUCCCCAACUCCCUGGCCAUGGACUGGUACUGGUUUGUGGCCUGUUAGGAACCAGUCCAUGCAACAGGGGUUGAGCAACAGGUGAGCAAGCAAAGCCUCAUCUGUGUUUAUAGCCACUCCCCAUUGCUUGCAUUACCGCCUGAGCUCCACCUCCUGUCAGGUCGGGAGUGUCAUUCGAUUCUCACAGGAUCACAAACCCUAUUGCAAACUGCGCAUAUGAGGGAUCUAGGUUGCAUGCUCUUUAUGAGAAUCUAAAACCUAAUGAUCUGUCACUGCCUCUCCACCCCCAGAUGAGACCAUCUCAUUGCAAAAACAAGUUCAGGGCUCCCACUGAUUCUACAUUGUGAUAAUGGAUUCUGAAUUAAUGCAUAGUAUAGUAGGAAGCUAUCAUAAACCUCCAGAAAGAGUAUUUGUUCCAUCAUUCACCCAGAAUGAAUCAUCUCAGAAUUGCCAUCCUGCAAACUUAGAAGUUACCUCUUCUAAGAUACUUCAUAGCCCAAAUAGCCCAGCUCUUAUCUUAGCCUUAAAAACUCUUCAGGAAAAAAUUCAUCGUUUAGAGCUGGAGAGAACACAGGCUGAAGAUAACCUGAACAUUCUUUCCAAAGAAGCAGCACAGUAUAAGAAGGCCUUGGAGAAUGAAACAAAUGAGAGAAAUCUGGCACACCAGGAGCUGAUAAAGCAGAAAAAAGACAUAAGUAUACAGUUAAGCUCAGCCCAGUCUCGUUGUACUCUUCUAGAGAAGCAACUAGAAUAUACAAAGAGAAUGGUUCUAAAUGUAGAGCGAGAAAAGAACAUGAUCCUAGAACAACAGGCCCAGCUUCAGAGGGAAAAAGAGCAAGAUGAGAUGAAGCUGUAUGCAAAACUUGAAAAGCUUGAUGUCUUAGAAAAAGAGUGUUUUAGACUUACAGCAACUCAGAAAACUGCUGAGGACAAGAUUAAAUAUUUAGAAGAAAGACUUAAGGAAGAAGAACAUCAACGUAAGCUAUUUCAAGACAAAGCUUCUGAGCUUCAAACUGGACUUGAAAUCAGUAAAAUUAUAAUGUCUUCAGUUUCAAAUCUAAAGCACUCCAAGGAAAAGAAGAAAUCUUCAAAGAAAACUAAAUGUGUAAAGAGAGGACCACCUAGGCAAAUUUGUUCAAAGUUUGGAGCACUGCCUUUUGUGGCUGAAAAGAUGAGGCAACAUCGUGGCCCACAUAUCCUUCAGAAAUCUUCUAAUGAGACUGAGCCUAGAUGUCUCCCCAAGCCUUCUAGAACAACUUCCUGGUGUAAGGCUAUUCCUACUGAUUCAGAAAAGUCCAUUUCCAUUUGUGACAAUUUAUCCGAACUUUUGAUGGCAAUGCAAGAUGAGCUGGACCAAAUGAGUAUGGAGCACCAAGAACUACUGAAACAAAUGAAGGAAACUGAAAGCCAUUCAGUGUGUAAUGACAUAGAAUGUGAACUAGAGUGUUUAGUCAAGAAAAUGGAAAUUAAAGGAGAACAAAUCUCCAAACUGAAGAAGCAUCAAGACAGUGUCCGUAAACUGCAGCAAAAAGUUCAAAACUCAAAGAUGAGUAAAGCUUCAGGUAUUCAGCAAGAAGGCAGCGACCUUAAAGGAUCAAGGAACAUAAAAAAUAGCCCCAGAAAAUGCUUGACUGACACUAACCUUUUUCAGAAAAACAGCUCCUUUCAUCCAAUACGAGUUCAUAAUCUUCAAGUGAAAUUAAGAAGAGAUGAUAUCAUGUGGGAACAGUAACAAAAUAGCAAAACUGUCACCUUAAAUGAACUUUGUCAAUGAGACCUUGAAUUGUCUAAAGUGGUUUUAAUUUAAUACAACUUUGUGACAUUUGAAUCAUGUUUGAAUCAUGUUUCUAGCUUCUAUAAAACAUGAAGUUGUAGUAUUUUAAAAUUGAUGCCUAAUGACCUACUGCGUCCCAAAUAAUAAAUUAUUGCUUUUUUAUUUUUCUUAUUGAUUGAAGCCCCUAACCUCAUCCUGUCUUAGAAACAUUGUUCAUUUUGCAGAUAUCUUAAGUUAAAUUUAAGAAAUUAUACUAGAUGGACAGUAUUCAAAAUUGAGUUAAAUCUGAGCUACAAGUACCAUUCAUUCCACUUUUCAUUUAAUAGGCUUUUGACCUUAAAAACCAAUGUUAAGUGAACAGAGUUCAGAAAGAUCAUUUAACUUUCCUGGUGCUUUCUUUCUAUUUUGUUUUAGAGAUGAGUGUGAAAUGUUUUUCUCUUUUGGAAAGGGGAAAGCUGAAGUUACACAGUUUUGUGAAGAAGACUUUAAUCCAAAUUUUUAUGAGACAAUAGGAACCCAUAGCUACUUAAUUUUUAGGAGACAGAAUUCUAUUGCAGAAGCUUUCCUCUCCUAUUCCCAUUCACUUUUACAAAACUAGUUUUUU